UGUCUCUUGGCUGGCUUUUGCCCCCUAAAAGUUGCAAAGUUUGGUCCUUAAUCCAAGCAAGUGUGCUGUGCGCUGCAGCAGGCGCCUCCCUCUGCCGUGUUUGUAGGUUUCACCAGCAUGCAGACCCAGGACUCCUCGCCCACCUGGUGGCCCCUGGUCCCAUGGUGCUUUGGUGGACCCCAGUUCAAUCAGAAGGAAGGGCGUUUUUCUGUCUCAGAAAUGGGAGGGCUGUUCUUCUUGCCUGCUUGGAAGUCCACAUUUCCUCCUAUCAUUCAGAAUUAUUUCCCAGGCACCUUUUAUGUGCCCAGUACUGUGCUUGUGGUGGGAUGCAGCAGUGAACAAGACAGCCAAGGUCUUUCAGGUCUCUAAGGAACUUACAUGCUCUCAGGACCAGUCAGACAGUGAAUGAGUAACAAACACAGUGACUUCAGCUUGCUUAGGAAGUACCAUGAAGAAACGAAGCCUCCUUCCUGAAAGGGCCAGAGUAUGCGCGGGCUGCCUGAACCAGGUGUGGGCUAACGUCGUGGAUUUGGAAAGCCUGAGGGCCCGAAGGCAGCCCUGGGAGAAGCCCUUUCCGUGAGCAGUCGGAACCUUCUGGUCCAGAGGAGAAGCCGUCCCUUCAUCUAGACUUAUGACCCGCGGCUUCGCCCCCAGCCUGCCCGUCGAGUUCCCCAAGAUGGGCUCCUUCCGCAGGCCGAGACCGCGCUUCAUGAGCUCCCCGGCGCUCAGCGACCUGCCCCGCUUCCAGGCAGCCCGCCAGGCUCUGCAGCUGAGCUCCAAUUCAGCCUGGAACAGCGUCCAGACUGCCGUGAUCAACGUCUUUAAAGGGGGCGGCUUGCAGAGCAACGAGCUCUACGCACUGAAUGAAAACAUCAGGCGGCUGCUGAAGAGUGAACUUGGAUCGUUCAUUACAGACUAUUUCCAGAACCAGCUUCUCGCGAAAGGCCUGCUGUUUGUGGAGGAGAAGGUUCAGCUGUGUGAAGGUGAAAAUCGCAUUGAGGUUCUGGCUGAAGUCUGGGACCACUUCUUCACUGAGACUCUCCCCACCCUGCAGGCAAUAUUCUAUCCGGUUCAGGGCCAGGAGCUGACCAUCCGCCAGAUCUCCCUGCUGGGCUUCCGCGACCUGGUCCUGCUGAAGGUGAAGCUGGACGACUUGCUGCUGCUGGCCCAGCCCCAGCCGCCCUCAUCCAUCAUCCAGAUGUUGCUGGUCCUGCAGAGCGUUCAUGAGCCCACAGGCCCAAGUGAAGGUUAUCUGCAGCUGGAGGAGCUGGUGAAGCAGGUGGUUUCUCCUUUCCUGGGCGUCAGCGAGGACCGCGGUGUCUCAGGCCCCACGUACACGCUGGCCAGGCGCCACUCCAGGGUCCGGCCCAAGGUCACUCUCCUGAACUACGCCACCCCAGUGGCCACCAUCAGCCGGCCUCUGAACGAGAUGGCCCUGACCCCUCUGACGGAGCAAGAGGGGGAGGCCUACCUGGAGAAGUGUGGCAGCGUCCGGCGACACACGGUGGCCAACGCCCACUCCGACAUCCAGCUGCUGGCCAUGGCCACCAUGAUGCACUCAGGCUUAGGAGAGGAGCCUGGCGGUGAGGACAAGGGCCUGCGCCUGCCGCCCAGCUUCCCGCCGCCCCACCGGCAGUGCUCCAGCGAGCCCAACAUCACCGACAGCCCGGAGGGGCCGGAGGAGGUGGCAGCGGGCAGCCAGGAGGACUCGGAGCUGAACUGUGCUUCCCUCAGCUGAGCACCCGCCUCCGGGUCUUUUGGCUUCGGCCUAGCAACCAGGAUGAGGGCGGCUCCGUCCUGAGGAUCACCAUGGGGGCUCUCCCUUUGGGGAAUGCUGCCUUCUGCCUUUUCGGGUACAGGCCUGGUCUUAGUGCUCUAUGGGAAAUCCCCGUCAUAAACCCCAACCCUUUGCGGCCACACUGACCUGACUGCCUAAUGUUCACCUUCUGACUUUCAGUCUUGCCCGCCGGACUCCACUCAGCUCCUCCUCUCUGGGCUUUUCCCCUCAGAUACUGGACUAUCUGAUGCUCCCAACCACCUGCCCCAGGGCCCCUGGUGUUACUGUAGCAGGAGGUCGUCCAAGCCACACGCAAAGCCAGCAGGGCUGUGUUGGCAGAUGGAGUUCCCCUCUAGGUUCUGGUGAUACAGAAGCUGAUGGGUGAAAGGAGGCGGGCGGGAGGUGUCCUCCUCCCUCGUCUUGUGUGGUGUGAAAGUAGCUGCAGCCCCUCCCAAGCCUGACUCUGGGGAUGCAUCCUUCGCUUUUAGAAUUACCAGGAGAGAGUUGCCCCACUGGCGGGUGUGGAUGCACCCUCACCUUUAGCCAGACCCUACAUGCUGCCUUUGGCUCUGGGCCCAGGAGGGCCACAUGGCUGGAGGAACCCCAUCUUUGACGAAGUCUCAGUGUCCCCCUCUCAGCCCCCCUCCACAGCUCGAGGAACUAACCUCCCCGGUGGAGUAGCUGGUGCCUUCCUCCCUCUCUCAUUUCAGAGAUGGACCGUUUUCCUGUUGUGGGGGUGGGGCCAGCUGAUACCCACCAACUAGUCUGUGCCUGGAUUUGACUUGAAUUUUUUAAAUGUGCAUCAUUUCAAAAAUAAAUUGCUUGCAAAUAUUUACACGUAGGAUCUUGCACCGCUCAUUUCCCAUGGGGUGUGUCUUCAAACUGAAAAAUCAGCAACCCCCCCGCAGGCAAGGAGACUGGCAGUGGUGGGCGGGGAGGAGAGGCUGCAGAGCUCCAGGAUGGCCUGUGUUUGUGAGUGUCGCGGGUUAUAGGAGAAGCUGCACUGUGGUAGGGAGAAUCAGCUUGCCUCGUGAGCAGAGAGUCCUAGCAAGAGGGAUGGCUCAGUGUUUCACAGUGGGGGGAAAACUGUGGCGACGUGGGCAGGACCUUCUGAAGAGAUGUUCAUUCCCUGUGGUUAAAGAAGUGCCCAGAGUGCCUGGAAUUUCUAACCUGUGGGGUCUCAAGUUGCACUUGGGGGCAGCAGGCUUUGGCACUACGCUGUAUAGAUUCUCAGCACUGCUCCCUCUACUCAAGCCUGGGGUUUUUCUCUUCUUUGACCCCCUGUUCUGUUUAUAUUUGUCUGUUGGCCCCACGGAUAACAGCUCUAGAAAAAAGAGAAGGCCCCUGGACCCUUCUGGCACCUUCUAGGUUUCCUGUUAGUCUUUGGAAACUUUAUUUAUGAAAUGUCAGAGACGUGAGCCAGCUUGGCUUCCAUUAUGGCAGGAGGUGACCGGGAGAGGAUGAGGACAGCUUAAGCUGCCAGCAGGGGAAGAGCUCUAAGCUCAUCUAAAUCUUGACGGCAUCUCCCUUCUGAUUUGAAAUAUGACUGGAGUCGUGCUUUUGAUGGCUUGUAAUUUGGAAAUUUUGUUUUAAAAGUUGUUUCAUUUUCAUCCUUCUAAGAGAGUGAUGGAUGAGAAAUGUCCAAAGGAGAUCUUCCUAGAGUCUCAGACAAAAAAUAAUCUCUAUUGUAUGUGUUGGAUAAAAUCCACAAAUUCACUAACAUGCAUUAGCAAAUGGAAUAUCAGGAGGUAACAACAUGAUGAUUUAUUUAACUGAUGGCUUCUGUCCUCACUGGUCCACUUAGCACUUGGGACUUGUAUUUAUUGAUCCAGGCAAGGUAAUUAAUCAUGCUUGGGUUUCCUUUUUUAGUUUACAACAUUAAUGACAUAUGUUUUUAAAUGCUUUUUCCAUAUACUAAAUGCCCCUGAUGAGGACAGCAGACAUCAGUUAAAUAUGUAAGCUCUUAGGUUGAGAAUGGGAGUGUCAGUACAGGCCCUGUGUACUUAAUUGCCAAUGACUGUUAGCCAGGUUACAACUUUACCUUUGAUGCACACGCCUGAUAUUUGUAUAGUAAAUAUUUAACACUGUACAUAUAAGGACUGUGUUGAUGUUUAAGAGCAUUCUAGCCAUCAGCGCUAUUCCAAGAGCGACCGCCAUGGUGUUUUUAAACACUCUUUCUCCUCUUCGUGAGAUGAAGAUUCAUUUUUGUUAUUUAAGCUAGGAUCUUCCUGUGGCUGAGGUUUAAUGACAGGAAACGAUCAUGGCUCUUAAACUCCGAGUGAGCUCACAAACCAGAAACCUCUCAUGCUGCCGGUUUCCAAGACAGAUUCAAUAAACAUCAUUUUGUAUGUGUUA